AUGGAGUACCUUAAUUCGAUCCUCAAUCAACCGAACUCCAAAAUUCAGUCUGUGGAAGAAGCAAUUCCAACACUUUGCAAUAGGCUUCAGCAUGCGACUUUGCUAUCUGACCGUAGGGCUGCAGUUUUGGGGUUGAAGCUGUUCAGUAGACAAUAUCGAGAAAAUGUAGUUGAAUAUGGAUUGAGAGCUCUUGUAAGUGAAUUGAAAAGAGAUAUAGAAAACCCUGUUAUCAUAAAGGGAGUCUUGGAGACCCUAUUGAUCCUCUUCUUGAGGCAAAAAGAGGAAGAUGACGAUUCUGCAUUCUCGUCUGGUUGGAUCUCGCAACAGUCAAGACUACAGAAUGGAAAGUACCCUUCGCCAAUCUUUGUAGAAAACAUAAGCAUAGAUCAAUUCCUGUUCUGGAUAGCAGAUGAAUUAAUUCAGUCGGAUGAAUUGAUCUCCAUGAUAAUAAAUACCAUAGGUGAGUUUGAGGACUUCCACAUAAGGUUGUAUACAUUGCAGUUACUCGAGUCAUUGGUUGCAGCAAGGCCAAUUAGAACCAAGGAAUGCAUUUUAAAUAUUCCCACUGGAGUUUCGGUUUUGGUGCUGUUGCUCAAAGAUCAGAGGGAGCCAAUCAGAAAUGAGACCAUCUUGUUGUUGAUGGCCUUGGCUAAUAAAAAUUUUAACAUCCAGAAACUUGUUGCAUUCGAGAAUACAUUUGAUACUCUUUUCGAUAUUAUCAGCGAGGAGGGUGGAAUCCGAGGGAGUAUAAUCGUGCAAGACUGUUUAAGUUUAAUAACAAAUUUGUUGCAGUAUAACGCUAGUAACCAGAAAUUUUUCUUGGAAACGCAGUGCAUUCCAAGAUUGGCUAACUUGUUAGCUGAACCAACAGACGAAGAGGUAGACAGUCAAAAUGACAUAGUACCUUCAAACGGAGACUUGAAUGGAUCGGCUUCGAAGCAUAAUACCCCAGUUCCAAUUGUGCCUGCCAUUGUUUGGACUGAUCAAAGAGUACAGAACGUGAUUAUCGCUCUUGAAAUAUGCAAGACGUUCGUUUCUGAAGAUAAUGAGUUAUUUAAUCAGAAUCAGAAGAAACUUGUUCAAUCAGGUAUUCUUUUCAUAGUGUUGAAACUUGUUUUCUCUCCUAUAACGGCGAACUCAAUCAGAACGGUUGCCCUUUUCACUGUAGGUGAGCUUAUCAAUGGAAACCCUGAAAUUCAAUUGGAGUUCUCUCAAAUUGAUGUGCCGUACAUUGAUCCAUCAUUACCAACGCAGUUGCAAAAAUUUGACAAACCAACUCCCGUAACUAUUGCUAUGUUGAAUUGGGCAUUGUACAUAAAUUCAGUACACGCUUUUGAAAUAAGAGUGGCUGCAACCUUCUGCUUGAACUGUUACUUUAAGGACAACGAGGAGUCCAAAAAAGCAUUUUUGAAUGACCAAAUCAAGAGUUAUAAAAACCCAUCGUAUUGGACCACCGGUGCCGGUGCCGGUGACUCAGAUGAAAAUGGCACCGCUGAGAUGUCUGCAACAGUCGGUGAAGACGUUACAGUGCCUGCAGUCACCGAAGAUCUAAUUUCCACACCUUUUGCAAACAUAUUUGCAACACUCAUGGAUUACAACUCGGAAAUUAAGUUAAAUCCGUACAGACUUUGGUUUUCAGCAGUUAUAUUGAUGUACCUUAUUAAUGAUAACAAAGAAAAUAGAGAAAUAGCCAGAAACAUAUCUACUGGGGAUGAGUCUAUGGGUGAAGAAGUCAUGAAAUCAAUACAGGCAAUUUCAGGUUUAUUAUUAACCACAAUAGAAUUUUCUGACCCAAGAAUUGCAAUUGGAUAUUUAAUGUUAUUAACAACUUGGUGCUAUGAAGAUUUUAAUGCGGUCAAUGACUUUUUGAGUGAUGCAUCGACUGUAAGAUCCAUUUUGGCUUUCUUAUCAAAUAACUCUACUGAACUGUCUAUUUUGGUACAUGGGAUGUCUACUGUGUUAUUAGGUAUUGUGUAUGAAUUUUCUUCCAAAGAUUCUCCAAUAGCUCGUGCAGACUUAAACUCGUUGUUAGUGAAGCUGAUAGGCAGUAAAGAUAAUUAUACAUUGAAAGUAAGGCAAUUUAAAGAAACUAAAGAAUUCAAAGACUUUACUGAAGAAUUAACUCAUCAAAAUUCAUCUAAGAAAGAUGGCGAAACAGGGUUACCAGAAGUUUAUUUUGAUAGCAUCUAUGUGAAUCUAAUCAAGGAUAACUUUGCAAGAAUAAAAAGGGCACUUUUCCAUGAUCCCAAUGUUGAACCGAAGGGAAAACUAUCUUAUGAAGUUUAUGAAGACCUAGAAAGUAAGCACGGUGAGUUAGUGCUGCAGUUGAGAGAAGUUACUGAGGAAGCAAACAAGAGCGAGAACGUUUUGCACGAGGAAUUAAAGACUUUGAAAGAGGAAUAUGACAAGUUGAAUUUACUGUUGAAGAAUUCAGAGAAAGAACUUAAAGACUUGGAAGACAAACAUGUCGAUAUGUCUACGAAAUACAAAGAUACUAAGCAUCUUCUUGAAGAAUUGGAGAAAACUAAAAUCAAUUUCGAAAACUCUUCGAAGGAACAUUAUGCUAGUUUACAAGCUGCAUUGAAAAAGAAUGGCGAAUCAGACGAGUCUUUGAAGCAAUUACAAAUCAAAUUCGAUACAAGUGAACUGUCUCGAAAAAAGGCUGAAGAUGGAAUAAAUAAGAUGAGUCGUGAGCUAUUUAACCUUACUAAACAGAAAAAAGAAUCUGAUUCAAAUGUAAAAAGGUUGCAAGGAGAGCACGACAAGUUGAAACUUGAAACUGAGAAGAAAAGCUCAAACUAUGAAAGUAAAUUAAAGACUUUGAACAAUGAAAACUCACAAUUGAAAGAUAAAAUCGAAGAAUUGAACCGCUCCCUAACUACAACAUUGAAGACGCAUGAAGGUAAAAUAACUGAAUUAAAUGAAAAAGUCAUUGAUGUAGAGGGAACAAAUGAGCAUCUUAUGGAUAAAUUGAGAUCUGCAGCGGCCGCAUUUCAAGAAAUAAAAUCUUCCAAGUUGGAACUUGAAGAAGGACAUAAGCUCAACCAAGAGAAAGUGGAUGAAUUAACUAAGGCAUUAAAGGAUAUGGAAAACUCCAAAAAUGAUUCCAUCAACAAAAUACAACAGGAAAAAGAGGAACUUAUAAGAAAUAUUGAGAAGUUAACUUUGGAAAUCCAGGGAGAAUCGUCGAAGUACACUUUGCUCAAACAAGAAACUGAUAACAAGAUUGCACAAUUGUCUAAAGAGAAUGAGAAGUUAAUUAACGAUUUGAAAGAGACACGUGAACUAUAUGAAAAGAACUCAACAAUAAGUACCGAUUUCCAAGAAUUGAAAGUGAAAUUUGAUUCAACGCAAGAAGAACUACUGGAUGUGAAAGGGAAAUUGAAGGAUAAAGAAGAGGAAAUUAUAAAAUUAAAGGAAGUUCACGAUAAGACUGAGAAAGAGCAUAACUACGCAAUAUCUUGGAAAGUUUCUGAAUUGAAAGACUUGAAAGAAAAGUUUGAGACUUUAACAGAGAAAGAGAAAAAGCUAAGAAUCGAGUUCAAUACUUUAAAAGAAAGUCAUAGCGAAUUAGCGCUGAAGAAAAAUAAUUUGGAGAGCGAUCAUUCUAGUUUGAAAGAAAGACAUGAAGAAUUGAGUAACAAGGCAUCUAAUUUGGAAAAUGAUCAUACUGGUUUGAAAGAAGAGCAUGAAGACUUGAUCGCAAAAGAAAGAGAUUUGUCGGAUAGACAUUCCAACUUAAAUGAAGUCCAUGGUAAAUUGAAAGACGAACACACUUCGUUACUAAAUGCCAAUUUGCAAGCAAAGAAUGAUAUUGAUGAAUUUAGGGGCAAGAAUGCAAAGCUAAAUGAAGAAAACUCUCAAUUAUCUGAUAAAAUAACUGAACUCAAUAGUAGUCAAGUGAAGUUGGAGGAUAAUGUUAAAGAAUUGAAUGAAAAAAAUGUAAAAUUGAGCAAUGAUCACAAUGAAUUGAAAAUUAGUCAUACAUCACUCACUGAUAGUCAUAGUAAACUUAACGAGGAUCAUAAUAAGUUGAAGGAUAAUCAUGAAAAUUUGUCUACAGAACACAAGAGCAUUGCUCUUAUUCAUGCAGAAUUAAUUGAAAAACAUAAAGCUACAAGUUCCAGGGAAUCCGAAUUAGCUGAGAGACAUGCCCAAUUGGAUUCAAAACACUCUACUUUACAACAAGAACAUUCCGAUUUAAGUAAAGUGGUCAAAAGUAAAGACGAGGAGAUUUCAAAAGUGUCUCGUGAAGUUCAGGAGUUACAGUCGAAAAUACUGAUCCUUGAAAACGACAUUAAAAAAUCAAAUGAACAAAAACUGGCCUUAAAAUCUGAUUUUUCAUCAAAAAUUAGAGCUUUGGAGGAAGAGGGCAAGAAGUUGAAAGAUCUAAAUGAGACUCUUGAAGUUAAGUCGAGAGAUCAAUCACAAGAUGUUGAAAACCUUACAAAAGCUGGUAAUGACAAGGAAAAAGUUCUUGAUGAAGUUAACAAAGAGAUUGCGACCUUAAAAGCUAAAAUUAAGGAAGAUGAACUAAUCAAAGAGAAGACCCUAAAAUCCCACGAAAAAUCACUUCAGAAUAAUACUUCCAAAAAUGAAAAAGAAGUGACAGCAUUAUCUAAAAAGAUUGAAGACUUGAAUACUACUAUCAAAGACCUUAAUGUUCAACUAGUCAACAAGACUGAAGAAGUUGAAAGAGAAAGAGCUAUGUUGAACGAAAGCUCUGAAACGGUAGUUAAGGAAUACUCUGAUAAGAUUAAGAAGUUAGAGAAUAAUAUCAGUGAAUCCAAAACAAAACAUGAUUCAAAUCUUUCUUCCUUACAAAAAGAGAAGGAUUUUUUGCAGGAAAAAUUCGAUAGCACAUCAAAUGAACUCGUGGAACUUAAAAAUGAAUUGGCCGAAUGCAAGAAGGAACAUAUCUCGAAGGUUGAGACGCUCGAAAAUGAAAAAAAGCAAAAAGGAUCUGAUUUUGCAAACAAAGUAACCGAGUUGGAGCGAUUAAUUGCUACCGGUGAGGAUGAGUUAAAAUUGCAAAAAGAAGAAGUUAGUAAGCUCAAUAAUGUGAUUGAAAACCAAACCAAAGACUUGGGUAAGUUAACUGCUGAAUUUGAAAGCAAAGAGAAGGAAUUGACAGCCAAUAAAGAAGAAGCUGCAAAGAAUGAAAUAGCUCUAAGUGAAGUAAAGAAAAAGUUAGCAAGUACUUUAGAAAGUAUCAAGAAAUCCAAGGAAGAGUCAAAUCAAAGUGAAAAAGGACUAGUUGCUGAAUUGGAGAAGCUAAAGUUACUGAACAGUGAGUUAGAAGAAAAGAACGUAAUAUUGAAGAGCUCAUUGAAAGAGCUAGAGCAAGCAAAAUUAAGUUUAGAAAAUUCUAAGACAACAGUAUCUGAUUCAUUGAAUGAAAUUAAAAAUUCAAACGACUUAUUAAAUAAUAAAGUUGCUGAAUUGACAACUUCAUUAGACAAAGUUCAACAAGAAAGGGACGAUUUACGAAAAGAAUGUAAAAGUUUAUCAAGUGAAGGACAAAAUGUAUCUAAGAAAAGUGAAGAAUUGAACAAAGAAUUGGAAGCACUUCGCAAAGUGAAGACUGAAUUAGAGAAAAACUUAAAAACUGCAUUGUCAAAUCACUCUCAAGUUGAAACUCAUAAAAAGGAUCUUGAGAAUGAAUUAAAAUCUCUAAGGGAUAGCAAAGACCAAAAUGAAGGCGAAUUUACGAAACUUAAGACAGAGCUUAGUAAAUUAAGUGGUGAUUUACAAUCUACGACCGACCAGGCUUCAGAAGACAAAAAGACUCUACAGAAAAACGUAGAAGAGCUUACUGCGAAUUUAGAAAAAGAGCGUGAGUUAGCUCAGAAUUCUAAAACGUCAGUUAAAAAAAUAGAAGAAGAUUUCAAGGAAAAGUUGAACCAGGUGAAUAUUGACUUAGAGUCUGAAAAGAAAAAGUCGAAAGACUUAGAAGCUGAGAAGAAAUCAAGUGCUGAAGGAGUAUUACUGGCCAAUAGUAAAGUGAAAGAACUAGAAGAUAAAUUAAAAGCCGCUGACACGAAGAUUGAGACUCUCAACAAUCAAAUUGAGAAUCUAGCAAAAGACACAGCUUUAGAGGCUGCCAGUAAAUCUGAUAAGCAAAACCUGGAGAUCGAUGAAUUAAAGGCAAAGCUCACAAGCCUUGAAAACAAGUUGAAGAAAACAGUUCCAAAAUCUGAAUUAGACGAUUUAAUGUUACUUAUGUCAGACAUGGAUGACAAAAAAGAUAAGUAUAAAAGCAAAUUGAAAAGUCUAGGAGAGGAAGUCUCUAGUGAUGAAGACGAUGAAGACGAUGAUGAUGAUGAUUCCGAAGAAGAAUAA